GUGUGUUUCGAUGUAAGUUGUUCCCCGGUGAUAGGAUGGCGUCUGCUGCACUUGGAGAUGAGCUGAGCUGCUCCAUCUGCCUGAACCCUCAUAUGGAACUGGCGACACUGAGAUGUGGGCACAGGUUCUGCUGGGACUGUUUUGCGACUGCUCUGGAUACACAGAAGGGAUCUGGAGUUUUCCCCUGUCCGGGGUGCAGAGAGGAGUAUGUGGAGUGUCCUGUGCCUGAGAAGAAGGUUAAGCUGAGUAACACUGUGGAAGACUCCCGAUCUAUGGAACAGGAGAACAGUGAGGUCUUCUGUACAUAUUGUGUGCAUUUUAGGGUGGCAGCUAUCAAGACUUGUCUACAGUGUGAGAUUUCUAUGUGUGAGAAACACCUGGCAGCCCACAACAAGACGGUGGAGCAUGUGUUGAUGGAACCGACUUCAUCCUUCAGUAGUAAAAAAUGCUCCAUCCACAAGAAGCUUCUGGAGUAUUACUGCUCCGAGGACGCCAUCUGUCUAUGUGUGUCCUGCUGUCUGGUGGGGAAACAUAAAGGACAUGAAGUAGAUCUUUUAGAAGAGGCUUCUGAGAAGAAGAAGGAGAGACUGAGAAAAGUUUGUGUAAAAGUGGCUACAAUGAGAGGAGCAAUUGAAGAAAAAGUACAAAGUCUACAGGACCACAAGAGAAAAGCACAGGAAACAUCCGACAAUAAGAAGAAGAGAGUCACUGUCCUGUUUGAGGAUAUCAGGAGACAGCUAGAGGUCCAGGAACAGAGAGCCCUGAAUGAGAUCUCCAGACAGGAAGAGAAGGUCUCGUUGGCGAUCUCUGAGCUGAUCCAGCAACUGGAGACCCAGAAAGACACCCUAUCCAGGAAGAUCCGUCACAUUGAGGAGAUGUGUAACAUAACCGACCCCAUAACUGUCCUACAAGAACCAGGAAUAGAACACCAAGAUAUGGAGGAACCUAAGAUCUGUGAGCUGGAUGAUUUCCUGAUCUCACUUACAUUGCACAGAUCCCUAACUGAUCUAAUCACCCACAUAAAAUCCAAAAAUGAAUUUCAUGUGGCAAAUGUGUUACUGGAUGAAAAAACUGCACACGAAUCAUUGGUUUUAUCCGCUGACCUGAAAAUGGCAUCAGUAUCUGAUCCAGAAGAGGAUCCACCAGAUCCAGAAGAGGAUACAUUAGAUCUAGAAGAGAGAUUUUACGAAUAUUGCCAGGUUUUGAGCAUUGAGAGUUUUUCCAGUGGUAGACAUUACUGGGAGGUAGAGAUCGGUGACAAUGACGUUUGGGAUAUUGGCGUUUGCUAUCCCACCAUAGAUAGAGGACCUGAUGGUGAUAUUGGAAGAAAUAACAAGUCGUGGUGUAUAGACCUGUCUGACAAUGAACUUGCAGCUGUGCACAACUCUGACUUUGAGUCUUUGAACCAUGAGUCUCCGUUGCAGAAAGUAGGAGUGUAUUUGGAUUAUGAAGCCGGCCAUCUGUCCUUCUACCAGCUGAGUGACCCCAUCAGACACCUCCACACCUUCACCACCACCUUCACCGAACCCCUCCAUGCUGCUUUCCAUCUAGAUGGAAAUGGCUGGGUGAAGCUCUUAAGUUAAUGUAAUCAUACCAAAGAACUAAAAUAUUGGAUUUGGUUAUAAAGAGAUUCCGAUGGACAUUAGUUUGUCACAUGGUUUUCUUCUUGCACAGGUUUAUGUGUAUAUCAGAUGUUUUCUUUAAGGGUUCAAUAAAGUUAUAGGAAUCUCAGCAUUA